AUGAUAUUUCAAAUUGGGAGCUUCGUUGUCUUCUGUGGACUGCUGGCACAGACCACAGCCCAGCUUGAAGGCCUGCCCUUGGGCCAGGGCCUACCCUUGCCCCUGGGCCAGGGCCUGCCUUUGCCCCUGGGCCAGGGCCUGCCCUUGAUUGGGACUCCAGCCCUGCCCUCCAAUCUUGCCGGAAGCUUCACGGGUGCUCUCAGUAAUGGCCUGCUCUCUGGGGGUCUGCUGGGAAUUCUGGAAAACCUCCCGCUCUUGGACAUCCUCAAGAAUGGAGGCAGCAAUUCUAGGGGCCUGCUUGGGGGCCUGCUUGGAAAAUUGACUUCAUCCAUCCCUCUCCUGAACAACAUCAUUGACAUCCAUAUCACUGAUCCCCAGCUGCUGGAACUUGGCCUUGUGCAGAGCCCUGAUGGUCAUCGCCUCUAUGUCACUAUCCCUCUGGGCUUGAAGCUCAAAGUGAAUAUGCCUCUGGUUGGAAGUCUGUUGGAACUGGCUGUGAAGCUGAACAUCACUGCAGAGCUCUUAGCCAUGAGAGAUAAUCAGGGGAGGGUCCACCUGGUCCUCGGCGAUUGCACCCACUCCCCUGGCAGCCUGAAAAUUUUCCUACUCAAUGGUGUUGUUCCCCUCCCCAUUCAGAGCCUCUUGGACAACCUCACAGGGAUCUUGCCUAAUCUGGUACAGGGAAAGGUAUGCCCUCUGGUCAAUAGGAUUCUCAGCCUCUUGGAUAUCACCCUGGUGCAUGAUGUUGCUAACAUACUGCUUCAUGGUCUAGAAUUUGUCAUCAAGGUGUAG